AAUAAGUACAACCUCAUACUGUCAAACUUUGUGUCCACUGUACAGAAAACCAAAAGCCCAAAAGCCAGAAUCCGCGGUGUGUCUUUUGUGACACACCACUUUUUGUCCGUCGCAGGAAACAAUGACACCGAUACUAAGAUGUAGCAGGUACUGGAACCUUGUUACGUACUCACUGCUGCACACCACCACAUACAUGUAUACAAAAGCGUGUCGGGUAUUGCUUACGUGUUGAAUUGGGGGGAAAACAGAGCAAUGCUUUGUGAGGUUUCUUCAUCGCAAACUGCUCCGUCCACGGAGCUCUUCACAAUGGUUUCUUCUUCUUCUUCUUCUUCUUCUUCUUCUGCUUCUUCUGCCGAAUCCAACUUUCGACAACUCGAUGAUGCAUUCCUUCAGACUCAAACAAGAAUUUGGCUAGGAGAAGUAUUGCAGAUGAGACUAGAUGAGCAACUCAUCAUAUCAGAACUACUUGCUGAUGGAGAAUUGUUGUUUCAAGUGUCAAAAGUGGUGUGGAAAUUGCUGUCGGCAAAGCAUAUGGAGCUAAGGCAUAUAAAAGCAUACAAAAUCCAGUCAUUUACUUCUAAGAAGAACAUUGCCAGAUAUAGGCCCUAUUCUAAUGUUGAUUCUUUUUUGAAGAUUUGCAAAAUUUUGGGAUUGACUGGCGUUGACCUCUUCUCUCCAUCAGAUGUAGUUGAGAGAAGAAAUACUAGAAAAGUUUGUAUGUGUAUACGAUCAUUCUCCAAAAAGUCAAGAUCUGUGAAUAUAAAUGUUCCAGAUUUUGACAUUGUGACCUGUAUGGUAACCAUGCCGAAAGCUUUGGUUGGGUGCAUGCGUAGAAGCUUAGAACUAUCUCACAGCAUCCGUGCUGAUUCCUCUGGUGGCUAUUACUCACAAAAACAUGCAAGAAGAUCUAGACAGGGUUACCCAGUUACAGCCUCCACCAAAGACUUUGAGACAUAUUUGGAUGAAUAUGAGGACCCAGAAAACAAACAUCUAGUGCUUCAAUUUGAUGACUUGCACGCUGAUGACUUGUAUGAUUAUACAUCAGAGAUAGACUACAACAUAGCCUCUCCAAUGGCUGAACGUAUUUGUUUGCCCGAAGAUUUAGAUCAAUUGGUUAUCCAAGAGCAACAGAGAAAUGGAAUUUAUAAUGACUUUGAAUUGUUAUGUUCAAUGGAGUCAUUGCAAUAUCCUUGUUCUGAGGACAUAGAGCAUGAUUGUCAGCUAACAUGGUCAUCAUCUCCUCCCAGUGGGGAUUUACGUACUGGCAUUAUUCAUAUGUCAUCUCAUUUAGAUACUAAAAUGGAACGAGUUCAAGAAAGUAGAAGGAUUGUGGACUUUGAUUACUUUGAAAAUCUGUCAUUAAGCAGCAAUGGUUCUGUCAAUGUAACUCCUAAGAAUGACAAAAUACCAUGUAAAAGGGAUGCUAGCUCACUUACAAUAGAUAGGAAGGAUCCCGAUUUGUUUCAUGAAGAAAAUAGUACACCAAAUGUAUAUCAAAGUGCCAGCUCUCACGGUUCAAAUCCAACUCCACAGACUGCUGAAAGAGGCAAAUUCUUUGAAACUUGCGACGACAAGAAGAAGAUUCUGCGAGUUGCUUGCAUGAAUUGCUACUCAAGGGAAGACAUGGGAGAUCAAGCUGAUGCAGAGAGCAAUUUUAGGAAUAUCGAGUCUUUCAAAGUGCACAAUGACAAGAAUGAUCGAUGGGACAAUAUAAAAGAAGAGCACGAAUCUCAAGGAAUGGUGAGAUAUAGAGACGUGCCGUAUCAAAUAAUUUCUAAUGCAAGAUAUUCUUGCUCUGUAAAGAAAUUUGAGGAAACUGAUCCUUCAUUAUAUUCACCUGAUUGUUACUUCUGCAGUACCAAUUCUCCAGAUAGAGUUGUGCCUCGUAGCAAUGACACUAGAUCAACUUCACUGAAAAAUUUUUUAGCAUAUGAAGAGAGAGAGUCUCAAGUUGGUUUGAGUUGUUCGGAUAAUGCUAGUUGCUGUCAGUCUUGUUACGAGCCCGAGUCUUGUAAAUGGGAUCAGAAAGGAAAAUGCGCUAUUACAUCAUAUAAAGAUAACAAAAGUUCAUGUUCUGUGGGAAAUGGCUCACAUGAGGAAAUUACACCUUGUAUACAAAUAAAUUCGGAAGUCUUGUCUACUAUUGUUAAGUUGGACACUGAUGGCAAAGAGCUAAACAUCGAUUCUCUGCUUCUGGCCUCAAAUGCUGUAGUUUUAGGCGACUGUGAAAAACCUUCCACUCUUGGUGACGACCCUAAUGAUUUCAGCAGAGGUGAUGCAGCUCAAUACAUUGGAGAUGGAGGUCGGAGAGUACUAGAUAUGAUAAUCAAUGAUGUUAUAGUUCCUGUUAACUGUGAUGAUAUUGUAUCACUUACUGAAUCCCUCACAGCAAACCUAAGCCCAAAACAUGGAUUUGAUCCUGUCUCCCGUACAGAACAUACUUGUGCGGUGCAUGUUAAAGAUGAAAUAAAUCCAGAAGAUGAGAGAGUACACUUCUUAGACAAUGUAGUUGGAACGAAAGAGGGAGGUGAAGAAAUACCAAAAGAAAAACCUCAAAAGAAGAAACUGCUAAGAUCGGUCUUGGGUGGUGCAGCUGCAGUUGGUUUGUUAUUCAUGAUUUUGCACUUAAGGAGGAAUGGCGGGGAAAAGGCUGCACAACCAAGUAUGGCAUCUAGUCAUAUAGGCAAAGUGAAGAUUCAGAAAAAAUCUGACAGGAAAGUAAAGAGAAGUACUAAAAAAGGGGUUUAUCCAGCUGAAAAGAUCACGUUAAAGUGAUUAAGAUUUUGAUCUCUUAUGUUCAAAUAGUGAUAAUGGUUUCAUAAGGUAACAGUUUCAAUUUUGGAACCUCGUUGGCUAUACAUUUGAGUUAACUGAAGCUAUAUAUACACAAACGAACCAAUAUAUACAGA